AUGCAGGAAUACAUUCCCGAUGGCUCGCCCCGGUUCCAGCGUUUGAACGCACUGCUGACCUAUAUGCCCGACUAUGGAGUUGUGAUUUGCAAGCGCUGCGAAUUUGCCAUACAACCCCAGGCAAUUUCGAGCCACCUUCUGCGUCACCACAUAUAUAGAGGAGAGCGACAACAUUUAUUGGAGACAAUAGGCAGAUUAAAACUGCUGGACCCAGCCGAAGUACCUAAGCCACCACCAGAUAUCUCCCCUCUGCCCUAUCUUCAAGUCUCAGACGGCUAUCGAUGCAACUUUCCAGCAUGUGGCCAUUUGUGCAUUUCGGAAAAGCGUAUGAAUCAACACCACGGAAGUCACAAAGAGAUAUCUGCCAUCGACGUCGAGAUCCAAGCUCGGCGGGUUCGCCUCCAGACAUUCUUCAAAGGCAAUAAGGUCCGCUACUUCGAGGUCCACACUGGCCACGGAGCAUCGAGCCACAAGGGACCAGCAGACUCCACCAGACAUCCACUUUUGCGCCUCUCUCACCUGAGCCAUGCACAGGUCGCACCGACAUUACCGGCUAAUGACGACUCCGGCAAUUCUGGAAAGUCCUCGGCCGCAGAACUCCCGAUGAGCGAUCUCAUGUACCUUCAUCAUUACAUCACUCGUACUAGUCUGUCGCUUACGAGGGGAGACGAUUCCCUUACGUUUUGGGCUGAUACACUGCCAGUGCAUGCCUCGACUCAACCUUUCCUCAUGCACGGCAUACUUGGUGUUGCUGCAUUUCAUCAAGCGGCUCUAACCUCGGACGGUCAGAAGCGGAAGAUGCACCAAUCCAACGGCCUUCUCCAUCAAUCCGCCGGAUUGAUCACUUUCAGGGAGCUUAUCAAGCAACCAACAGCAGAGACAAGCACAUCAUUGACGGCAUUUGCGCGCUUACUGGGCGUUCAAUUCUGUGCCCAAGCCCUGCUGGACGCAGAAGAUCAACUAGCGCCCGUCGACCAACCACAUAAACCAGAAUUGUCUCAAAUUUUGGACUUCAUGCUUUUGCUGCGAGGUGGAUGCGAUCUAUUGGUCAAUAUGCAGAGAAAUUUCUCUGAAGCCUCCGGUUUUGCCCUUCCCUCCGAAGUUCUUCAGGGAUUGGGACCGUUGGAGAUAGCAUCUGAUGCAGAUAGUUCAUUUCUACCCUACGCCAUCAACCAGCUCAAUGCUCUGCUUCGAAGAAAAAGCUCAGCCUUCAAGACAGCGUCAAUCAAUAUCGCCAGCAUAGAUGACGUCCGACACUUGGCAGAGCUCUGCAAAGAGGCAUCAAUGCUCGUUCCGGCGCGACCAAUCACCAAAGCCUGGGUACGCAGUAACUUACCCUCAGAUACCCGAUUGAGCUCCCACAUCGAGGACAUUGCUAAAGCACUCCCAAUCGCACUUGCUGAUGCCAGACUCUCAUCCAGCCGAGAUCGUAUGCUGCUUACACCUCGACCGGUCGUCGAAUGUUAUCCUUAUAUACCUCCUGCAAUAUACUCCCAUCUCGCCUCUCUGCCAGGGCGAAUUAUCUCCGCAGGUCCAAUACCGGAUUCUUCGGAGCUUGAAAUGUUCGACCAAGCCAUGGCGGCGCUAGUGUCCAGCUACUCACGCAGCUACGCAGCAAAUACCACUUGGGCUCAAUGGAAUGGCAUUGAGAGCUGGCCGCGUUUGCUUCCAGAUGAGUUUUUGCGUCUGAUAGAAGCAGCCAACUCCAUAGCACUGGUCUUGGUUGCGUACUGGUGCGUGCUUGUCUCAAAGCAGGAGAAAUUCUACUGGUUUUUGAACGGCCAGUCACAGAGAAUGCUGAAUGUUAUCCUGGCGAACCUGGACCCUGACAUGCAGAGCUUUUUGCAAGAGAUCCUGUCCUACCUGUCUCAAGCAUGA